GCAUCGUCAAAUCGCCGAACACUAAUUGACGUCAUGGUCUGAAAAUUUAACGACUGGGAUUUGAUUGCUGGGUAAUUAGUACAGCACCGGUUGUCUGGUUUUUUUACUCUCGGAUGUUUCCGAAGGGCUUUCCAAGUCCAGAGUUCCGAUUCCGAAACCCCCGGCACCUCCCCUUCCAUACUGUGGAUCCCAAACAGUAACGAAGAAGAGAGCUGCAAAUUAGGGUUUUGUCGAGUAACAUCAACGUAUGGCAGAGCUUAUGGAUUCCCGUGUUUGAUGGUGGCGUUGGUUGCAGUGGUGUAAUGGAUAACUCAGACGCCGAGGAGCCCGAGAAGAAGAGACGUCAUCUUAACUCCGUAUCGUCUGCAAUGGCAAGGAGUUCUCCUAAUUCGCCCGACAACAGACCUGUUGAUGCAGCAGUUCUCCAAUACCAGAAUCAAAAGCUUGUUCAGCAAUUGGAUGCCCAGAAACAUGAAUUGCAUGUUUUGGAGGGCAAGUUCAAGGAACUAAAAGACAAACAAGCGUCAUAUGAUGACACUUUGGCUACAGUCAACAAACUCUGGAAUCAGUUGGUUGAUGAUUUAAUCCUGCUUGGAGUACGAGCUGGUGGGAAUGAGAAUGGUUUACAAGCUCUGGAUCAUGCAGGCUUUUCUGGAGGUUCAAUUCCAUCAUGUCCAUGGGAGGAGAUGUUUCUUUGUAGACUUCUAGAAGCAGGUCCAGUGGAAACGAAUGGAACUAAUGAUAUUAUCAAAUAUGUAGAAGAAGCACUUGCUUUACGCCAUUCAUCUACACUAAGUUUGAUGAAAUGCUUAGAGGACACUAUUGAUUCUCAGAGAGCUAAAACCAAUACCAUAGCAUCAACCUUACAUGGAAACCUAUCAUCAGAAGAUGCCAUCAUACAACUGCAUAAGAUUGAUGAUUUGAUGAAAGAGGAGGCUAACAAUCUAAGAAAGGUGAUUGACAUUCUUCACUUGAAACACAGAGAAUAUGCAGAUGAGAUUCAAAAUCAUAUUCACAGCCAUACAUCGGACCAAUCUGAAAUAAAACGCCUUGCAGGUGAGCUGGAGGAAAGUAUGGCAGAACUUGAGGAAAGUAGGAGGAGAUUAGUGAACCUAAAGAUGCAAAAGGGUGGGGCAUCUGCAAUGCAUGUUUCAGUUUCGAAUGCAGUAAAUGGGAGCAUGUCGCCAGAAAAGCCUGCAGCAGAUAGAAAUUUGGGGUUGCGAGAACUGAAGGAUUCCAUUGAUGAGGCAAAGAUACUGGCUGCUAGCCGUCUUUCUGAGCUUCAAGAAGCACAGGAAGAUAAUCAAAUCCUGUCAAAACAAUUGCUAACUCUUCAGAAUGAACUGAAGGAUGACAGAUUCCUAAUCUCAUCUAAACCAUACACUUUAUUAAGCGAUCAACUCCAACAUUGGAAUGCUGAACUGGAGCGGUAUAAAGGAUUGACAGAAUCCCUGCAGGCAGACAGGACUUAUAUCUUGCGGAGGGAGAAGGAACUGACUGCAAAAGCUGAGUCAGCAGAUGCUGCAAGGAAUGCUAUCAACACUGCUGAGAGUCGGAUACAAGAACUAGAGCUUCAACUUCAGAAAUGUAUAAUUGAAAGAAAUGACCUUGAAAUUAAACUAGAAGAGGCUGAGCAAGAUUCAGGGAGGAAGGACAUCAAAGCAGAGUUCCGUGUAAUGGCUUCAGCUUUGACCAAGGAAAUGGGAAUGAUGGAAAGCCAGUUGAAUCGGUCUAAGGAGACAGCACGUGAGGCUAUCUCCUUACGUGAAGAAGCUCAUUCCCUCAAAGCUUUAUUAAGCAAAAAGAAAAGCGAACUCAAGGGCCUUUCUGAUAGAUGUGCUGAACAGAUUGCAGAGAUCAAAUCUCUUAAAGCGCUGAUUGAGAAAUUGCAGAAGGAAAAACAGGAACUGCAAAUCUUCUUGGACAUGCAUGGACAGGGUUGUUUUGACAAUAGGGAUGUGAUGGAAAUUAAAGAAUCAGAACGUAGAGCUCUUCUGCAAGCUGAAGUUCUGAAAAAUGCUCUAGAAGAACAUAGCCUAGAAUUGCGAGUGAAAGCUGCCAAUGAAGCUGAGGCUGCUUGCCAACAAAGACUUAAAGCUGCUGAAGCUGAAAUAGCUGAUCUAAGGGCCAAACUGGAUGCUUCUGAGAGAGAUAUCCUGGAGCUUACAGAGGCAAUAAAAAUUAAAGAUGGGGAAGCAGAAACAUACAUAUCUGAAAUUGAGACCAUUGGUCAAGCAUAUGAAGAUAUGCAGACACAGAAUCAACAUUUGCUGCAGCAAGUCACUGAUAGAGAUGAUUACAAUAUUAAGUUGGUGUCCGAGAGUGUGAAAACAAAACAAGCACAAAGCAUUCUCCUUUCUGAGAAGCAAGCAUUAACAAAGCAACUCCAACAAGUUAAUGCAUCACUAGAAUCCUUGAAACUGAAAAUUGCCCAUGGCGAAGAGCAGAUGAAAGUUUAUAUUGCUGAAGCUGGAAAGGCUUCUUUGGAAAACCGACACCUUGCUGUCAGCACAGAGAUUGCAAAAUGGGAAUUAGCAGAUGCUGAGAAAGAGUUGAAGUGGCUAAAGGCUGCUGUUGCCUCCUCUGAUAAAGAAUUUGAGCAGAACCAACGAAAGAUGGUUGAAAUUCAAAAGGAACUAGAGAGUGAAAGAUCGGAGAAGAAAAGGCUUGAGGAGGAGCUCACAGAACUGAAGGAUAAGGUUGUUAAGUUGAGUUCAGAAAGUGGGGAGGCUGCUAUUCAGAAACUGCAGGAUGAGAUCAAGGAGUGCAAGGCAAUCCUCAAGUGUGGUGUAUGUUUUGACCGGCCCAAGGAGGUCGUAAUUACAAAGUGUUACCACCUGUUCUGCAAUCCAUGCAUCCAAAGGAACCUAGAGAUACGCCACAGAAAGUGUCCUGGAUGUGGAACUGCAUUUGGGCAGAACGAUGUUCGGUUUGUGAAUAUAUGAUUUCCCUCUUUUAAUUUUUUGUAUGCUUUUCUGUUUCAACCCCUUUCUCCCUUAUUUUUCUUUUUCCAUUAUCUAUGUAAAUUUCAAAUUCCAAUUUUGAAGCUAUAGUUGUAUCUUUUUUUCUUUUUCUUUUUAAAGCUUAGCCAUAGUUGUAUCUGACAAAACCUUUGAGGUUUUCAAUGUAUUUGACUUUUUAAUAAUGUUUUCUUGAUGAUAGUCAUUAUCUUUUUGCUGC